AUGUUUAAAGAAUCGAUCAAAAAGAACUUUGCCAUUUUAAGAUCAGAAGAACGCUCUCUAUCUAUAUCUCGUAAUAAACAUUGGAAAUAUAUUUCUUCUUAUCAUGGACCAUGGCUUCAACUUCCUUUAGAGCUUCUUGAAUCUCUAUACAUGAUUAAUAAUGAUAAUGUAUCAACGCCUCCACUGAUUGAUCCAAUUAUUUUCGGUAAUCUAAUAUCAAUUCGUCGUUUAGUAGAUGAGGCAUCAGAUUUAUCUGUUCGUGCAGCUUCUGGAGUUUCAACUACCGGAGGAGGACCAACUAGAAGUUCAAUGUCUCAUACGCGGCAACAUCGAAUGCGUGAACUUGCUGUUAACAAGUUAGCUCUUGCUUAUCGAAUUGAUGAAAUAGCUACAGCAGUAGUAACGAUGCAAUCUGCUAGCGCAAUUGAUGAAGUUGCUAGUAGAGUACUAAAAAAGAAUGCCACAAAUUUAGAAGCGAUAUAUGUUAAUUUUUUUCACGAAAAGAUUCCAUCAAGUAGAAUGCUUUCGCAGUCUACAUCCACUGACGUACUUGAUCAGAUCAUAGCAACAUCUCCAACAACACCAGAAUUUUAUAGAACUCGUGGCGUUGUUAAAUGUUUUAAAGAGGAGUUUUCAGGUGCUCUCCGCGAUUUUAAAACGGCUUUGACACAUGUAAAACAUCGUAAACGUGUAAAUAAUGUUUUACUGGGAAAAAAAUCGACUCUACCUCUUCAUAAUCAUCAUGGAAAUGAUGAUGAUGAAUGCACAGGAACUGAAAGCCAGCUAUACUUUUUACGUGCUGCUUGUUAUUUACAAUAUGCUAUUAGUUUAAUAGAUAAAGCAAUUCAAAAAAUAGAUGGAGUGGAAAGAAAAGAUGGUGAAGGCAGUGAAUUAAGAAUAGUAGCUGUUAAAAAAGGUACAGCAAAUGGAAAUCAUCAUGGAUCAUAUCCGAAAUUAGAAGAAUAUCGAGGGGAGUUCUUGCCAAUAAUGCAUCAGAUACGGAGUUUGGCAAACCGAUCUUUGAGAGACUAUAAUCAUUUUCUUACCUUUUACCCUAGUUCAUUACCACCGUUUUCACCUAUGAAUUAUGAAAAUGUUUCAAAAGGCAGUACGCCUAUAAUUUCAAGAGAUUCUUCUCCUGCUAGGCCUUUUAAAGAAAAAGGUGAUAGUGCAAGUUCUCCCAGUAAUCAUACUGAUCAUCAGGUUGAACCAAAAUUUAUUGAAAGGACAAGUAAACUUGCAGAAAAUGUUGGAGGAUUAUCACCUGAGACUGGAAAUAACUCCUUUACGAGUUCUUUAAAUGCUUGGUAUGCUAUAGCGAUAAAUUAUGUGCUUCUUGGUGACCUACAUACCGGAGCUUUAUGGCAUGCACGUAUUUCCGAAAUGCAUGAAUAUAUUGAAGGAUAUCCGGUUUUUCUUCCAGCCAGAUCAAUGGCACAAGCUGAUUAUAUGGAAGUUUUAGAGAGAGUAAAGAAAGUUACUACUGCAGCAGAAGAAAGAGAAAUGUACGAAGGAAAAAAAUCCGGAGUGAAAAUUGGAAAAAAGUCCAAGAAUUUGAGACAAGUAAAUAAUAAUAGUAGUAUUACACCCGUUAUUGGUAUUGAUGGUCAAAGGCAUCAUCCCUGGCCAAGACAAUAUCCUUUACAUACUCAACGGGCCGAUUCUGUUAUGAUGUGGUUAAGAGCCAUUAUUUUAAGACAAGAAAAUGAAAAUGAAAUCAAGUCACCUAUUAUUAUUACGACAGUGAAUGCUAAUAGUGAAAUUAAACCUUCAAUAAAUGGUACGAAUACGACGAAUACGAAAAUCGUUCAUGAUGUUAAAGCUUAA